CUUCCUGGGUCAGCGCCGCGGCUGCAUCCGCGCCCGGCCCCGCUGCUGCGCCCGGCCCGGGCGGGGGGAGCCCGGGGGCCGCGCUGGGCUGGAGCCGCCCCUGGGCCGCGCAGCGCCGAGCUCCGCCGGGGGAGCUGCUGAGCCGGGGCCGGCAGCAGAUAUUCUCCUGCUGCGUCGCACGCCCUGAUCUCGCCUGUCCCCGUCCCCCGAGCAGGAUUUCUCAUCCCUGGGCCCGACGCGCUCUCCCGGAUGGAGCGAGGGGCAGAGCUGUGGGUCCCAGGCCCCCGGGGUGCUGAGGAGACCCCGAGAGACGCCCGCACAGGUGAUGGGCCAGCAAGCGAGGCCGAGGAGGGGGAUCCCCAGCCGGAAGGGCGCGAGCGAGCGGAGCCACACGGGAAGUUACCGGGACAGCCCCAGGAGAAUGGUCCGCCGAGCCCCGGAGCCUGCGAGAGCCGAUGGGGAAACCCUGCGGGGGAGAGAGACGCGGACCCGGCUCCCCGCAGGGUCGGUGACAAGGGGCUGGACGAAUCCACGAUCCGGGCAGCAGGGACGCCCCACAGCUCUGCCCUGGCACCCCAGCCGCGGAUCUGCACCCCAGCGGGACCGCCCGGGCCCCCGGCCCCUGGGCGGCAGUACGCCUGCCCCGAGUGCGGCAAGGCCUUCGGGCAGAGCUCCCACCUGACGCAGCACCUGCGGAUCCACACGGGCGAGCGGCCCUACGUCUGCCCCGACUGCGGCCGGGCCUUCAGCGCCAGCUCCAACUUCCUGGCGCACCGGCGCACCCACACGGGCGAGAAGCCCUACGACUGCGCCGUGUGCGGGCGCAGCUUCCGCGCCAGCUCCACCCUGCAGCGGCACCGGCGGCUGCACACCGGCGAGCGCCCCUACCGCUGCGGCCACUGCGGCCGCACCUUCUCCCAGAGCUCCUCGCUGGCCAAGCACCGGCGGCUGCACACCGGCGAGCGCCCCUACCGCUGCGGCCAGUGCGGGGAGGCCUUCGCCGUGCCGUCGGGGCUGGCCGCCCACCGGAGCCGGCACACGGGCGAGCGCCCCUUCGCCUGCCCCGAGUGCGGCAAGGGCUUCCGGCGCAGCUCCGACCUGGUGCAGCACCAGCGGGCCCACACGGGCGAGCGGCCCUUCCGCUGCGGGCACUGCGGCGCUGGCUUCAACCUGGCCUCCACCCUGGUCAACCACCAGCGCAGCCACACCGGGGAGCGGCCCUACCCCUGCCAGCUCUGCGGGGCCAGCUUCGCCCGCAGCUCCACCCUGGCCCGCCAUCGGCGGGGCCACGGGCCCCAGGGCACCGCGCCGGGCGGGAGCCAGCAGGCAGAGCCCACGCCCGCAGGGGAGGAGCCAGGCCCCCUGAAUCAGGGCUCCAGCCCCCUGCCCCAGCGGGACUCCCUAGGUCACAGCUCAGAGGACACCCUCACCCGGCAGGGCCCUCUGGGUAACAGCUCCCAUCCUGACGCCCAGCAGGCCCCCACAGGUCAUGGGUCAGAUCCAGCCCCCCAGCAGGGUCCCCUGAGCCAGGGCCCCACGGGUCAUGGGUCAAAUUCUACCCCUGACCAAGGUCCCCUGAGCCAGGGCCCCACGGGUCAUGGGUCAGAUCCCACCCACCAGCAGGGUCCCCUGAGCCAGGCCCCCACGGAUCACGGGUCACAUCCUGCCCCCCAACAGAACCCCCUGAGUCAGGGCACCAUAGAUCAGGGUCCGGCCCCCCAGCCUGGCACUAUGGGUCAUGACUCAGAUCCUGCCCCCCAGCAGGGCCCCCCGGCUCGGCCCCCCGCCCUCCAGCCGGGCGAGCGCCCCUACCCGUGCCUGGUGUGCGGGAAGCGGUUCUCCCGCAGCUCCAACCUGGUGGCCCACCAGCGGAUCCACGCGGGCGACAAGCCCUUCCGGUGCCCGGAGUGCGGGCGGGGCUUCCUGCGGGGCUCCAACCUGCGGACGCACCGGCGGCUGCACACGGGCGAGCGCCCCUACCCCUGCCCCGAGUGCGGCAAGCGCUUCGGGGACACCUCCGUGCUGGUCAAGCACCAGCGCAUCCACACGGGCGAGCGCCCGCACCGCUGCCCCGACUGCCCCCGCCGCUUCAGCCAGGCCUCGGACCUGGUGGCCCACCGGCGGGUGCACACGGGCGAGAAGCCCUACGUCUGCGCCGAGUGCGGGCGCAGCUUCAGCCGCAGCUCCAACCUGCUGACGCACCGGCGGCUGCACCGCGGCGAGCGCCCCUACCCCUGCCCCCAGUGCGGCAAGAGCUUCGGCCAGAGCUCGGACCUGCUGCAGCACCAGCGCACCCACACCGGCGAGCGCCCCUUCGCCUGCGCCCAGUGCGGCAAGGCCUUCAGCAAGGGCUCCACCCUCACCGGGCACCAGCGCAUCCACACGGGCGAGCGGCCCUUCGCCUGCACCGCCUGCUGCAAGCGCUUCCGGCACAGCUCCCACCUGACGGCCCACCUGCGGGUGCACGCCCGGGCGCGGCCGCUCUGAGCCGGGGACCCCGGCCCUGCCCCUGGCUCCCUCCUGACAGCCCACCUGCGGGUGCACGCCCGGGCACGGCCGCUCUGAGCCGGGGACCCCCGGCCCUGUCCCCCGGCCCCCUCCUGACGGCCCGCCUGCGGGUGCACGCCCGGGCGCGGCCGCUCUGAGCCAGGGACCACCAGCCCUGCCCCCCGGCCCCCACGGGACUGCCCGCCUGCGGGUGCAGGCCCGGGCGCAGCCGCUCUGAGCCGGGGACCCCCGGCCGGGACCCCCGGCCCCCAUGGGACUGCCAGCCUGCGGGUGCAGGCCCAGGCGCAGCCGCUCUGAGCCGAGAAUCCCCGGCCCUGCCCCCGGCUCACUCCUGACUGCCCGCCUGCAGGUUCACGCCCGGGCGCGGCCGCUCUGAGCCGGGGACCACGGCCCUGCCCCCGGCCCCCUCCUGACGGCCCGCCUGCGGGUGCACGCCCAGGCACGGCCGCUCUGAGCCGGGGACCCCCGGCCCUGCCCCCUGGCUCCCUCCUGACUGCCCGCCUGCGGGUGCAUGCCCGGGCGCGGCUGCUCUGAGCCGGGGACCCCGGCCCCACGGCACUGCCCAUCUCUGUGCACGCCUGGGAGUGGCUGAUGUGAGCUGGGGGAGUCCUGGGGGGUGCCAUGUACUGCCCCACAGCCACAUCAGAGGGUGCAUGCUCAGGAGAGGUAGCCCUGAGACACGGCUCCCCCCAGCUCUGCGAGGGGAGUGUGGUCUGGUGGGUUAGUGUGGGGGGGUUGGGAGCUGGGAGCCAGGACUCCUGGGUUCUCUCCCUGGCUCUUUUAUAUUCUCCAAUCUCUGAGUAUAGCCUGGCUCUUAGGACUGAUUUCCCCCUCCUCUCUUGCAUUUCCCUCUGUCCCUGAGGACCUGACCCCUGGGAUUUGUCCCUGCUGGGGCUGCCCCCCAGCUCUGCCUUUGCCGCCUAGGGCUGCUUUUAGAGAUCACAGGCUCCAGGCCGGAGGCAGACGCGGGUGCUACGGGCCCAGGGCAGGGCCCUGCUCCCGGAGUCAGGUUAGCAUGGCAAGUCUCAGCUUGCAGUCAAGAAAUGGUGUCAGCUCUCUUGGACGUGGAGGAAAGCACCAAAGUGGGACCCUGGCGCCUGCCUGAGUGUGCAGAGAGCCUGAGCCCGUCACUGCGAGGGGCGUGAGCUCCUCCGUUCACCCCCUGGGGUGACGGGGAAGUAGCAGGAACACGCGGCUUCCCCUGUUCCCGUUGGGUGACGCGGGGGAGGUCCCAGGGGUGGGGAGCAGGGGCCGGCUGGACCAAACGGUUUGCAGAGAGCGGCUGGGUGCGCAGGCCCCUGUGUGGCGAUUCGUGCCCAGCACCACGGCAGCUCGUUCCCCGCCGGGGAGUCCUCGCAAAGGGGGGUUUCCCACCAGUGGGGGGCAGGGGGGGAUUCUUUUGAUUUUCCCCCUUGUGUAAAUAAAUGUGAUGAGCAGAAUUCA